AUGCUAGUGAAACAAAUAAAUUAUGAUCGUAAUUAAAUGAGAAGAAAUAUAUGAGGAUAGAAGUGAGUUUUUUCAAUUUUCAAACUCUCACUCCACUCUCCACUACUCUAUCCAGUAUCCCUUAAAAAAAACACAUCAAAUAGCCUAGUUUCCUUAUCCCUCUUUGUGCUACCGCUUCUAUCCUUCUCUCGGGUGAUGUGAAGGUUCUCGCGGUCAGGGGCGGAUACAUGGGCCUCUAGGGGUGUCCCGGGACACCCCUAAAAUUUGGGGAAACGAUUAUCCAACCUCCGGUAGUAAUUUCGUAUGGGUAUACAAAAUAUAAUUGGUAAUCCGGGACACCCUAACAUUUGAAAAAAUGAUUAUCCUACUCUCGAUAAUAGUUUGCUUAUGAUUAACAAAAUAUAAGUGGUAGUCUGUGUUAUUCCAACCUAGGACCCUACUAUUAUCAAACAUAUUCUAAUUAUGUUGCUACUCAUUUGUUAUUCUAUUUUAAACAUCAUGCAACAGUAAAACGCUAUUUCUUUAUCCCCAACUAUUUUCAAUACCUAAUAAUUAAACUACGUACACGCUACCCUUAAUUUUGAAUUGAUUUUAUGGUUACACGGCAAGUGUUGAAAGAGUCUUUUCUACUUUUAGCUACAUCAAGAACAAGGUUAGAAAUCGAAUAUGUGAUAAGUUUGUGAAGGUUUUUUUUUUAUGAAUUGGUAAGCUUUAUAUCAUAAAAAACCAGCAAAACUGAAGGCAACACCCCUGCCAACUAAGUCACUGUUUCCUGCGGCCUCAACCACUAUUUAACACCUCUACCUUUAACAAAAAACAACAAAGGAACCUAAAACUGAACCAAGGGCACCAUAGGCUGACUAUUCCCAAAAAUUAUCAAUAAGUUCAGAGGGAAACAGGACAGAAAGAUCUUUUCGUAUACAGACAAUCAACUCUUGAAACCUUCUCCUUGUCCCACCAAACUUCAAAUAACAUCUUUCUCUCCAGAUGGAACUGACCAUAGAUCUCCAAAUCGCCCUAGCAGCUUGAGCACGCACCUGCUUUCCUCGAAGAUGUGAAAUAGCCCACUGUAACUCAACGCCCCAAUCAUCAGAAGGAGUUCUGGGGAAUUCCUUAGCAAGCAAGCCUGCAUACAGCUCUUUGUAAACCACACAUUCACCAAACAAAUGCGCUCAUUAAAUUUAAUUUAUUAUAUACUUAAAUUUAAUUUUUGAAGAGGACACCCCUGUGAAAAUUUUCUGAAUCCGCCACUGUUCGCGGUUGAUAACCUUUGUGAUGACGUUGAUGUCAUUUUGAACCACUAAGAUGGUCUCUUAUCUCUCAAUAAUUUUUCUUAUUUCAUCAAGGUGAAUGAAUUUUUUCUAGUGUUUAUGUCUUAUCCACUCCAUAGUCUAGACUUUGUAGUUAAAUAUUAUUUAAGAAUCUUUCUGAUUUUUGUGUGGUUCUUUGAUAAGGAGAUAACGCAUAAGCGAUCAUUUGAGAAAUUUGUUGGCUCUCAACUGGAUGAAGAAUCAACUAACUUUGUUCUUCAAAUACACAAAUGGAGGUUUACUUUAGUGUUAUUUUGGUCCAAGUUAAUAGGUAGUGUGUCGCGGUCUGUUACGGUUUACUGUGGUAGACCGCGGUCCAGACAACUUCAGACCAUACACUAAAGGAGGAGACCGCAAACCAGACCAGACCGUAGUUCUGUUCUCACAGUCCAGACCAAACCAUACAAUACGAUCUAGACUGCGGUUUCCCAUGCGAUUUGGUCUAGAUUCUCAUAAUAGUCUAUUGAUUGUGAAAAAGUUAUUACACGACCAUUUCGUGAGAUGCAAUGGUUGGUUGGUUGGAAUGUAAUUUUUCAGCAAAUCAAGCCAUGACUAUUGACUAAUGACUACCAAUUCCCUAGCGGAAUGCAAUCAUUUAUCAAAGGCUAAAUUACACAUUUGGUCAUUCAAAUUAUAUAAAUCUUUCAUGUUUGCCACCUAAAUUACUUUUCUUUCUUAUUCGCCACUAACUUUAUGAAUCGUUUCACAGUUAGUCACCGACCGUUAGUCUCCGUUAACUCUGUCAGUUUUUUGAUGACGUGGCAAACAGAGCUGCUGACGGUACCGUCAACUUAUGACAUGUCAAUUUAAAAAAUAAAAAAUAAGAAAAAAUACCUUUUUCCCCUUCCACGCUCGCUCACUCAUCUUCAACCCUUCCCUUCCUUACAACAGCAGCCGCUCAAGGUUAUCUCCCCCAAAAUCUUCACCAACUUCUGCUCCAAAUGGGGCCCUUCACAAUUACUCUUCUUCUUUUUCCUUCUACGACCCGAGAAGGAAAAUUAACCGCGUCGAGUGAGCUGUUGUCUUGUGGCGGCGAGGAUCGACGAGGGUGUAAGCGCGACGAUUAGCCUGGGGAGGAACGAACCCAUCAAAGGAGCCUUCGACGGAGCGCUGUCGAGGCCUUCUGCUCUGGAGCUCUUCGUGGGUCCUCAAGUAGUUGGGGACGAAUCGCAGGGAGGAGGUCGUCGACGAUGUUUAGCUUGUUGUGCAGAUCGGCGCCUUGGCGGGAGGAAGGACCGUCGGCGAUGAUGGUGUCGAGGUAGUCUGGCAGUGGUGUGACUUUGCGAUAGCGGCGAAGAAUGGACGACUGCACGGCAUGGCGGGAGAGUGGAGGCACGGCGUCUCCCUCGCCUUCCUCCUUAUGGGUGGGCUAUCUCCCCCUGCCCUGUUCCAAUUCAAUUGAAAUUGAAUUAUAUAGAAUCUCAAUCCAAUAGUCUAAUUAAUACAAGGAUUGAAUUCAGUUAGUUAUUUGGGGUGGAUGGAGGGACAUUUUUAAUCUGGUGUGUUUCCUUUUGGAUGAAGGGACAUUUACUCUCAGGCGCUGUCGCUACCUCUAGUUGGAUGGUGGUGACGGGAGGAAGUUAUUGGUCCAGUGGUCCACAAAGAAACACAACUUGGGCGGAGGACGGUGGCGGUUGUCGACUAUCGGAUAUGGACCCAAUCUCUCUCAAACCUUGAGCGGUUGCUGGUGUAGAGAAGGGAAGGGUUGAACAUGAGUGAGAGAGGUGGAAGAGGGAAAAUGGCAUUUUUUUUAAUUUUUUAAUUUUUUAAAUUGACAUGUCAUAAGUUGACGUUACAGUCAACAAUUCCAUUUGCCACGUCAUUAAAAAACUAACAGAGUUAAGGGAGACUAACGGUCGGUGACUAACGGUGAAACGAUUUGUAAAGUUAGUGGCAAAUAAGAAAGAAAAGUAAUUCGGGUGACAAACAUGAAAUAUUUAUGUAAUUUGAGUGACCAAACGUGUAAUUUAUCCGUUUAUCAAAUUUCAUAUACUUCAACGGAUUGUCAGGGCGAAUCCCCACUGGCUUGUUCUCAUCGACCAUGUGGCCCUCGAAAGUGGGCAAAUCCCACGGGCCACACGGCCAUCCUUCCUAUCCUAGCGUGAAUGUAACGCGAAAAAACUUCAGCUCUCUCGUCGGGAGCGGGACCCACAGUCGACAAUUAUCUCUUUUCUUCUGCGGUCUCCUCCCUAUAUCAAUUGCUAUUCAUUAUUUCUACCGCCAGAGUGACUGCGCUGGGAGAUACAGAGUUUGGCGUUUUGCUUUCGGAAGACGCAGAGAAGAUCGGACGGUUGACGGAAGAAGAAAAGAGAGGCGGAUAUACGAGAUAUGUCGGCUACCGGCGGAGGCGGGCAGGAAGAAGACAAGAAGCCCGGGGAUCAGGGAGGCCACAUCAACCUCAAAGUCAAGGGCCAGGAUGGGAACGAGGUGUUCUUCAGGAUCAAGCGCAGCACCCAGCUUCGCAAAUUGAUGACAGCAUACUGCGAUAGACAGUCGGUGGACCUCAACUCCAUCGCGUUCCUGUUCGAUGGUCGUAGGCUGCGUGUCGACCAGACCCCAGACGAGCUUGAAAUGGAAGAUGGAGAUGAAAUUGAUGCAAUGCUGCACCAGACGGGUGGUUUCCGCGGAUGGCUUUAACUUCUAUGUAGUAGUAGUAACUAGUAAAGGACGGGGAAUAUUAUAUGCCUUUGCUUCAUCUGAACUUUACUCUGAGAAAGAGAGAGAGAGAGAGCAGAUGGACAUCGAAACUGGAUCUGGAAGUUUGGUUCUGUUCUAACAAUACGCUGGAUUUUGUAAUGGUUUCAAAGAUUCGUGUGAUUAAGCUUCUGUUGUCCUUAGUUUAGAACUGCUAUGGGUUCAACCAUCAUUAGACAGUGAAAAGGACAGAAGUCCAUAAACAGCAACAAAACUUGACUGGUCCC